AACCCAGCUGGGGUGCUUCACUUUUUGCAGGACAAACAGUAGGCUGGCAGAGAGACAUGGCAUUGAUACAUGUAGCAUGCUUUCUAAUUCUGUGCUCCAUCUCUUCAGCACAAUUUAGAGGUGAUUCUGAUGGGGUCUGUGCCCCAGAUGACGGAUUUGGUAAAUACUGCCCAACAACAUGUGGAGUGGCAGAUUACCUGCAAAAAUAUAAACCCAGCAUGGACAAAGAGCUUGAUGAAAUGGAAUAUUUAUUAGAGGAAAUAUCUAAUCUGACAAAGGGAGCCCAGGACAAAGUGACCUACAUGAGAGAUUCUGCUACCCAGGCACAAAAGUCUAAUCCCCCAGAUUAUUAUAUAAAAAGGUCAUCGAACAUGUUGGAUGACAUUCUAAGAUUUGAAAGGAGUAUCAUUGAGCAGGAAUCAAAAAUAUAUGAACUUGAAAGAAUGCUUGGGACCAACGAGAAGCAAAUGCUGCAGCUCAAACAACUGUCACUGCAGCUAGAACAGAAGUGCCAGCAGCCCUGCCAAGACACCAUUAAGAUUGAGCCUACUACAGGCAAAGAUUGUCAAGACAUAGCCAACAAAGGUGCUAGAACCAGUGGCCUGUACUUCGUGAAGCCCAUGAAAGCCACACAACAGUUCCUGGUCUACUGUGAUAUCGACAGCACCGGAAGUGGCUGGACUGUGCUGCAGAGGAGGCGUGAUGGAACCCUGGACUUCUCCAAAAACUGGAUCCAGUACAAGGAGGGCUUCGGCUACCUGUCUCCAGAUGACACCACAGAGUUCUGGAUUGGUAACGAGAAGAUACACCUCCUGUCCACCCAGUCUACCAUUCCAUACAUUCUGAGGAUUGAGAUGACCGACUGGGAAGGAGCUAAAAAGCAUGCCGAUUACGCCAUGUUUAAAGUGGGCCCUGAGGUUGACAUGUACCGACUGACUUACGCCUACUAUUAUGGGGGAGAUGCUGGUGAUGCCUUUGACGGAUUUGACUUUGGAGAUCCGAGCGACAAGUUCUUCACUUCCCAUAAUGGAAUGCAAUUUAGCACUGCUGACAAGGACAACGACAGGUACGAGGGCAACUGUGCCAAGCAGGACAGGUCUGGCUGGUGGAUGAACCGGUGCCACGCUGCACAUCUCAACGGCAGAUAUUACAAAGAUGGGAAGUACACGGAGAAGGACGCUGGUGAGAAUGGCUUUGACAACGGCAUCAUCUGGGCAACAUGGCACAGCCGCUGGUACUCCAUGAAAGAGACCACCAUGAAAAUGAUCCCCAUUAAUCGCAUGACCACAGGUGGUGAUCAGCAGACUGGCGUCAAGCAGUUUGGUGGUCUUGGAGACAUAUAAAUGAAAUAUUUGCUAAUAUUUCAUUGUGCAAAUAACUGUUUUUUUGUGUUUGCUGUCUACAGUCAAACAUCAUGUUUGUCACCCAAGGACAGUAAUAUCUUUGGUCUUCUGUUCACUUUGACUCAUCUUGGCUAUUUGUACAUUUCCCCCAAUACAUUUCUAAGUAUAACCACUAUUUCUAAAGUCCACAUUAAUGCAGCAUGGCUUAAUGUCUCUGCUGAACUUCAGUGAUGAGGACUGAAUAUUAUGCACAGAAAGGAACAACAUUUUUGGUUUUCUUUUUACUGCUACAAAUAAAAAGUUACGGUUGACUGUUUUUCUAAUUCCUGUACAAUUCUUCAAGAGGGAAAACAUAGGAAACAAAUCCAGCAGAUUUGAUAUAAAAAAAAGAAAUAUCAAGGUAUGUAUAACUAGAAAAAUACAAUCUCACACCUCACUGGAAUUCAUUCUGUGACAGAAAUUAGGAAUGAGAGAAUGAUAUUAGGCUAUAGUUAGAAAGCCAUUGAGUAUUCAGGAAUCUCAAAUAUUUCCCAGUAAUUAUACAUUUAAAUGUAAGUAAUAUGAAAAAAUAUAUAUUUCUAUGAUUUAUAAUUUCAUGAAAAACAAUGUAGCUUUUUUCCCCAAUCAUGACCAUGACACUAAGUAGGCUUCAACCUCCUAAGACACUGGGUCUGGUCUCUGUAUCAAGAACCUUAUGUUCUACUAUGUUCUACUAUGCUGUAACCAACACUACAAGGGACAUUCUAUAAAAUAAAAUGAAAUAAAAAAUC